UUACUGACCCCGUAUGAGCCCGGUUCAUGCCAGGUGUCACCCACCUAUUGGAAACGCGUUCGCGAGUUCACGAGGAGGAAAGCGGAGAGAAAGCAUUUUCUCUCAUUUCUCAAAAAAAGCUAGGGUUUCUCUCCGAAAGGCGAUUUUGGUGCGACGGUGACCGUUCUUCACUUUCCUCUAUCUACUCGACGACGGAGUGUCUCCUCUACGAGCCGAGAUGGAUCCCGUGGAAGAUAGAAGAAAUACAAAGAGGCAAGAGGAGUACUACAACAGUAUGGGAAACGUGGCCGAUUCAGAAUAUGGGAUUCCCAGGAGGUGUCCCUGUGGUGGGAGAAUCCGAGACGAGGUUCGCGUGAAGGAGAAGUACGACACUCUGCCUGGGAAACGCUUCUUCACGUGCAUCAACUACGAGGCUGAUGGGUUUCAUUACCGCCAGCCUUGGGUUAUAGGUGUGCAGGAGGAGAUCGAAAGUCUGCGUAGGCGGGUGGAGAAGGCUGAGCAGGUGAUCAAGUUGGUGCCCAAUCUCAAUAAACAUAUCGACACAGUUGAGGCAGAGGUUAACCGCCUCAGUUUGGCGGUUGAUAACCUCACUGCUGAGAUUUAUUCUCUCACUGUGCAGGUCGCAAAUCUGGAGAAGGUCUGCUUCGAAUAAAAACCUUAAGGUAAACACUCAAGCUUAACUAAGCUUAACUGAACUGAAGUAUUUAGCUUGCUCUGCUGAAUGCUCUGAUGAAUGCUGAACUAGAGGUGAACUGAACUAGAUAGAGUAGGUAACUGAACUAGAAAUGAAGUGAACUAGGUAGACUAGGAACUGAAAAACAUUAAUUAUCAGUUGGUUGGUUGCUCUGAUGAAUGCUGUUUUGAAUGCUCUCUGUCUACUUCUUGUACUAGGUUUUUAAAACAGAUUUGAUGUGUAAUGAAUGCCGUUAGAGAACAACUUGUUGUGUAAUUAACUUUAAUGAAUUUUGGUGGUUAGACUUACUUUAAUUGCUCUCUCUUAUCAAAGCACAAUGGUAGUUUAAAAACAUAGUUAGAAGUCAAAAAUCUGAAAACCAAAACCACGUUUAAAACACCACCCCAAACCAAAAUGGAACCGUUUUCUCUAGAUUCUCCCGGGUUUAUGAACCUUUUAUCUUCCCAGACCAGUCAACCCAUAGACGUAGGGUCCAUAGGCGUAGGGUCUUCUACUGUUCCAAAACCGGUGGAGAGGAAAAAGUGGACAACACAAGAAGACAUUGUUCUGAUCAGUGCUUGGCUGAACACCAGCAAGGAUCCGAUAGUUAGUAACCAGCAGAAGUUAGGGUCGUUUUGGAAUAGAAUAGCAGAGUACUUCAAUUCAAGCCCUCAGCUGAGUGGCUACGCUCCUAGAGAGUGGAGUCAGUGUAAGCAGAGGUGGGGAAGAGUUAAUGAGCAGGUCUGUAAGUUUGUGGGUAGUUAUGAGGCGGCAUUGAAGGAACAAGCUAGUGGUCAAAAUGAGAACGAUGUCAUGAAGUCUGCCCAUGACAUCUUCUUUAACGACUACCAGCUCAAGUUCACACUCGAGCAUGCGUGGAGGGAACUGAGGUUUGAUCAAAAAUGGAGAUCAAACUCUGUUUCCAGAGAUGGUCCAAAAGAGAAAAGGAAGGAAGCUGCGGAAACAGAGCCUGAGUUGGAAGAGGUUAGGCCUCCUGGUAUUAAGGCUUCCAAAGCUGCAAAACGAAAGAAGCACGGGAAUGAAGCAGCUCUUGAUCAGAUAGAGAGCAUACUAGCAAAGAAAACUAUCAUAUCAAACCGGAAAAUCCUUGAUCGUCUCUUAGGAAAAAAUGCAGAUACACUUUCUGAUCAAGAAAGGACACUCAAGAAUAAACUGAUAUCUGAAAUGCUUUGAGUUGGUCAGUGGGUAAUUUUUUUGUGAUAUGUGAUUCGCCUCUGUUUUGUGUUGUCUAUUUCUUCCUACAAUGUGUUGUGUAGACUAUUGUCUUGAGUGAUAUGUGAUUUCUUGAGUGUUGUCUAGACUUUUUGUUUAACUUUAUUGAUUCGCCUCUGUUUUGUGUUGCAGGUCACGGGUUGCAGGAAGUGGAUGCUUGUACUUGUGUUCCAGUCACGGGUUCACGCUUUCUCUGUUUCUUUUAUGUACCUGUCUUUUAGCUUUAUGUACCUCUCUUUUAGCUCUAUGUAUGUCGGUUUCAAUCACGGGAAAGUGUAGAAUGUUGGAUAUUUCUACACUUCUAUGUUAUGUAAUCACGGGUGUAUGUACCCCUGAUAACUUCAUUCACGGGUGUAAACAUUGUCUCCCUAUAUAUAUUAUGUUUGUCACUUCUCUUUGGCUAUCAUUUAUAAAAUCUUCAAUGCAACUUCUAUUUCUUUCUCACUUGUCUUUGUGAAACACAAAGUAUUUGUGUAUCGACCCACUGCUUUCCUCAUCCUCCUCUACACCAACUCUCUCUCUCUCCUUGUAUUUAGGUAUGUAAGCAACAUUUUAAUUAAGGUUUGUAUGAAACAAAAGAUAUAAUCACAUAUAUGAACCGUUGCUUUUUUUUAAAAAUGAACCGUUGCUUUUUAAACGAACCGUUGCUUUUCUUACAAGUAUUAUGUAUAUUCUAAUGAACCGUUGCUUUUUUUUUAUAUGAAACACCGAUUUUGUUUGAAACAUAUAUGAACCGUUGCUUUUUUUUAUAUGUAUAUAAAAUACAAUUUAAAGAAAUAAAUGAAACAAACAACAUUUUGUUUAAUUAAUAUGAUAAUAAUUUUUUUUUUUUAAUAUGUACAAAGGAUGUCUUCCUCAUCAAGUGAUGAAGUAGAUGAAGCUUUAGAUGAAAUUGUCGACGAAGUAGUCGAUAAUUACAUCGACUCAAUGGUUAAUGCUCAAACCAACAAGCCGAAGCGACGAAGUUAUAUCGAAAGAGAGCGGGAACUAGGACACAAACAACUAUGGAAGGAUUAUUUCGCGGAUAAUCCAACAUACCAGCCGGAAAUGUUUAGGCGCCGUUUUCGAAUGAACAAAACUUUGUUCCUUCGCAUAGUCCAAAGCCUAAGUACUGAACUGCCAUACUUUCAGCAAAGAAGAAAUGCUCAUGAGAGGUUGGGGCUAUCUGCACUUCAAAAGUGUACGGCAGCAAUACGUAUGCUGGCAUACGGACAAUCGGGAGAUAUGUAUGACGAAUAUCUCCGACUAGGUGAAAGUACUUCACGUUUAUGUUUGGAUAAUUUCACUAAUGGGAUUAUACAAUUGUUUGGAGCUGAGUAUUUAAGAAGACCUACACCGGCGGAUCUUCAACGAUUACUCGAUGUUGGAGAGGCACGGAGGUUUCCAGGGAUGGUAGGCAGCAUCGAUUGUAUGCAUUGGGAGUGGAAAAACUGCCCAACGGCUUGGAGAGGGCAGUUUACACGUGGUUCAGGAAAGCCGACAAUUGUCUUAGAAGCUGUGGCAUCACAGGAUCUUUGGAUAUGGCACGCAUUUUUUGGUUUACCAGGUACUCUCAACGAUAUCAAUGUUCUUGAUCGGUCUCCAGUUUUUGAUGACAUUUUACAAGGUCGAGCACCUAAAGUUAAUUUCAAGGUCAACAACCACACCUAUCAUAUGGCAUACUACCUUACUGACGGAAUUUAUCCGCAUUGGGCUACAUUUAUCCAAUCCAUCCCACUUCCUCAAGGUCCUAAAGCAGUGCGGUUUGCUGAACGCCAAGAAGCCACUAGAAAAGAUGUCGAACGUGCUUUUGGAGUAUUGCAAUCGAGAUUUGCAAUAGUUAAAAACCCAGCUUUACAAUGGGACAAGGAAAAAAUAGGAAGGAUUAUGAGAUGUUGUGUUAUAUUGCACAAUAUGAUAGUCGAGAACGAAAGAGACGGAUACAAUCAAAUUGAUACAUCAGAGUUCGAGUCGGGAGAGUCAAGCAGAAGUUCCCAGGUGCGAAGAAGAGAAAGUUUGAAUGUCCUUAAUUUCCUUGGCAUUCGCACUGAAGUUCGAAAUUCCGAUAAACAUAAUCGUUUGAAAGUUGAUCUCAUCGAAAAUAUCUGGCAAAUGUUUGGUAAUGUAGAUGAUUGAUCGUUGUAUGUUCAUGAAUUCUCAAUGUAUUGAAUAAAUUUCUUUUAUUAAUAUAUUGGUUAUUGUAAUCAAUUCUUAAUGUAUUCAAUAUUUUAAAACUUAUUAUAUUUAAAAAAAAAAUUAUUUUAUUUCUAUGAACCCCUUCUGCAGGUUUAUCAAUGCAGGAACACAAUCGAUAGAGGUUCAUAACUAUUUAAGGUUCCACUCAAAAAAUAAUAAAAAAACCUUAUGAACCCCAAGAGGGGUUCACCAAUGCGGAUGCCCUAAGCCGCUCUUUUCGUGAACUAAUCAAACCUACCUACGCUUCCCUCUUUUAUUUUACUUUCAUUUCAAGCUGAAUCACAAAUAAUAUCACUUGCCAAUAAAAUAUAUUUUGUUGUUUUAUUACUACGUACAUGUAAUAUAAAUAAAAAAUUAAGCCUCAAAAAAUAAUACGAUGACGUUACUAGUGCGAACUACUAAACUUGCAUAUGCUGGUUCAAUAAAUACAACUUGAACUUGAAAUAUUCUAGUCGAAUACAACGAAUUUGUUGAAUUACAUGGAUAUGUCCAUUGGUUUGAAAAUGUAUGUCCGGUGAAUGGCUUGGAUUUCUAUAGCACAAUUUGGCGGAUGUAGAUGAAUUUGAAAAGAUAAAACAUGACAGAUCCAAUUAAUGGGUACAGGAAAUCAAAGAAGAAACAUGUUUACAUUGUACUCUGAGCUUGAAGCAUUGGAUUGGGAUAUGCAAAACAUGUUUUCUCAUUCUACAUGUUUACAUUUUAGAAUGGACGCAAGGAUUUAAAUAGCCAUGACUGGAGAUCCUAAAGCUUGGCUAGCCUUAUCAACCGAACUAAAAGAGAUAAAUGCACUUCAACAAUGAUUUCGCAACUUCAAGAUUCCUACAUACCAAGAUGACAAGAUGAUAUUACUUAUUCUUUAGCUAUAACUGGUAGAAGUUUUAACCAGGAUCUACAUUUCAUUGGUUUUAAACAAAGCUAUAUCUAUGUAUAUGCUUCACCAUCUAAAUAUAUAAUAGUUCCUUAUUAAUGAAUAAUAAACUACAAAUAUAAUAGAGAUAUCGAAAAAUAUCGUACUGAUCAAAAAAGAAUAAUAAACUACAAAUAUAUUAGAGAUAUCGAAAAAUAUCGUACUGAUCAAAAAAGAAUAAUAAACUACAAAUAUAUUAGAGAUAUCGUAUUGAAUGGCUGU